GUCGUUGAUAUCUCCUAACUUGUCCCAUUGGCCACGGUCGAUGCGCCAUUUGCAGCCUUCAUUUCUUCUUCUAAGCCCUCAGCACAAACUUACUCUCUCUUUCUAUCUUCUCCCAACUUAAGAGAUUCUGAGAAAAAGGAAAAGUUUGGAAGAAGAGUGUUGAGGGAACAAGACCACGAUGCUUGGUAUGGCCACUCUUACUUUGGGCUCAUCAACCGCAAUGGUGGCUCAGAACCAUGCUCAACAACACCAUGCCACCACUCUUGCCUCAGUCAAUGGACACAGAAGGCACAGUGUUUCCAACAGGACUCAUUCCUCUGCCAUGAGUUUGGUGUCUCCCACCAACAAAAGCUUCACUUUUCUCUCUUCCUUCAAGGAAUCAGCAUCUUCACGCCCCUUCACCACAGCUGUUGCAUCUGUUGAUUCUGACCAGCUCAACUCUUCUGAUCCUCCCACCAAGAAUGAAGCAAACAAGUAUUAUUUUGUUGUUGCAAAUGCAAAAUUUAUGUUGGAUGAGGAGGAGCAUUUCCAGGAGCAAUUGUUUGAGCGGAUCCGUCUCUUUGGGGAGCGUAAUCAAGAACAGGAUUUCUGGCUUGUCAUUGAGCCUAAGUUCUUGGAUAAAUUCCCUAACAUUACCAAGAGGUUAAAGAGACCUGCUGUUGCUCUUGUGUCAACCAAUGGUACCUGGAUCAAGUUCAUGAAGUUGAGACUGGACCGAGUUUUAUCUGACAGUUUUGAAGCUGAGAGCCUAGAAGAAGCAUUAGCUUUUAAUCCUACUGAUUUGAAGUUUGAGAAGCCUGAGAAAUGGGUGGCACCCUAUCCCAAAUAUGAAUCUGGAUGGUGGGAACCCUUCUUGCCCCCUGUUCAGAACGAGGUUUGAUUGCCAUAAGGUCAAGAAACCUUUUGGGGCACAGUGUGGCAUGCAGGCUUUAUUUUGGGUUGGAUGUCCUCAUCUCAAAUGUUGGAGUCUAAGAAAACAUAGAGGCAAGUGUUGCAAAUUGCAAAUGUGAUGAGAGGACUAAGGAAAACCUUUUUUAGCCUUUACUUUUGCCCGUUGUCUUUGCUUAGAGAUCCAUCUAUAUCCAACUGCUAAUUUGCUCUAUCCUCCAGUAAUUGUAUCCAACUUCCAUAGCUUCUUAAUCAUGUCUCCUUAUGUGAAACAGCAUAAUAAAAUACUGUAAUACUCAGCAUAAAAGACAGGUUAUCAUUAGAUGACUUAAGGUAGUUUCUCAGGGGAUGCUCCUAUUUUUAUUCUUACAAGAUCCACUUUGAUUUCAUACUGAGGUCUGCAAAUUUUAUUAUAUAUGAAGUUGUUGAACAUGUCCACAAGUAAAUUCAACACUGUGGAAAUUGGUAUUACUUUUCA